AUGUCAUCGCACGCAGCCGAAUCGGCCGACUGGAUCAACGUUCUCGGAGCGCAGGUCCUGCAAGGCUACCGCAAUGAUCUUCUGUCCUCUGGCGGCGAGGAAGGCGCCCGCAAGCAGUUCGAACGUUGGCUGAACCCCCCUGGCCGUGAGCUGUCAUGGCUGGACCCCAUUGAGGUUACGUCAGUCAACCUGGGCAAAGCGUUUCCCCUGUUGUCCAACUCGAGGAUCCGACCAGCCGACGGCGAAGGUCGUGUGCGGGCUGAAGUCGAUCUCGACUACGCCGACACGGUGUCCCUGGCUAUUUCGACUGCUGUGCUGAUAAACUUUCCGCGACCACGCUUUGCCGUGUUGCCUGUCGCGAUCGGGGUUGAGCUGGUCUCAUUUGGCGGAACUUUGAGUGUGCAGAUUCACGACCCGAAAGACGAGCAGCAGCACAUGCACGUGUGCCUGCUCCCCGACUUUUCACUCAACCUGAAGACGUCGAGUCUCUUGGGUUCGCGGGCCAAGCUCCAGGACAUCCCCAAGAUCGAGCAGCUGCUCGUGGAGAGGCUUCGAGCUGUGAUUCAAGAUCGAAUCGUCUACCCACGCCAUCUGACCUUUGCGCUCCCACGGCUCCUGUCACGAACAGCACCCGAGGCAACUUCGAUCGUUCCCAGUACUACGGAUCUGCGGAGCGUUGCGGUGCACGCCAUGUCUCAAGGCAUCUCCAAGCUUGGCCAAGACUUGGCAGGACGGGUAGCGGCACUGGCGCCAGCGGAUAGCGCUAGUGUGGUCGGUGGAGUGGCAGAUGCCCCGACCGUGGAUUCUGCAGUGGACGUGGAGUCAGAGCCUAUGAGUGUGCCGCAGUCGAUUCCAGCACCGCGCAGACUGCCACCCACGUACUCUGGGAACGAUGGGGUGCAACGGCGCCCAGCGCCUGGCAUCGUGUCCGCAGUGUCCUCAAACCCAGCGUCCACGCGUGCCGGCUCAGGCCCGCUGGCCUCCGUGGGCACGACCUCUGCGGUACGAGCGCCAUUGAGCUCCAAUGUCACGAAUGGAGACCUGCGGCAUCGGCACGCAGACGGGGAGAGCCUGGAUAGCGGCCGCCGACUUGGCGCUUUGAACAGCAGAGCUUAA